GCACUUGCUGGGUCGUUUAAAUCCAUGACUUAACGCAGUGUGACUAAUCUUCGUUUAUGCUGCAGCCAUAGGAUUGUGUCGCAGCGUGUCCCUGCUCCUGACAGAGCGUCUGUUGGAAUACAAGUUCACUCUUAACAAAAGCAGCUCCAUCUUCGUCUUCUGCCGCCCAGGAGCCAUCACACGCGGAGCAACUAAACGUGUAAAUGGAGUUUCAAUCGUUGUCGUGACUGUUCUUCACCGCCUCUCACCCUGCAGAAGACUGCGUUGAAGUUGCAGCAGCAUCCAUACCCCCGCUGCUCUCUCCUGAUCGCAGACAUGGGUACCGUCCUGUCUAUAUCUCCGGCGACGAAGAAGUCAUCUAUUAUGGACGCUGAGCUCGCAGGAGAGGCACACAAAAACGACAAGAGUCUCAAGCGGCCUUCAAUGUUCGUCUCCAUCUCCUGGAAGAAGCUGGUGUCAAAUCCGGCAAAAAAGAGUGCCAAGAAAGUGACCCCGAACCCUAUGCCCGCCUGCGAGCUCCCGUCCGGCCGAGUGGGUCAGCUUAACAGCGAAAACACCAGGAAGACUCACCAAACCGAAGAGAAGAAACCCAAAGCGCCGAUCCCGGUCCCGGUGCCCACAGUCCCCACGCAGAACAACGACGCUGUCGUCCAAAACGAGAAGCCUUCCGCGGUCCAGAAGCAACCCAGCAGCCUGUCUCUGGUGUCACCGAGGCGGAUAGUUAUACAGGCUUCAACCGGGGAGCUGCUUCGCUGUUUAGGGGAUUUCAUGUGCCGCAGGUGUUUUAAACUGAAAGAGCUGAACAGCGGAGAGGUGGUCCUCUGGUUUCGAAACAUCGAUCGGACUCUUUUGCUCCAGGGCUGGCAGGACCUAGGCUUCAUCACGCCGGCUAACGUGGUGUUCGUGUACCUGCUGUGCGAAGACACGAUAGCGGACAGCAUCGACAGCCAGGCCGAGCUGCAGGGCACCUUUCAGACUUGCCUCUACCUCGCAUACUCCUACAUGGGCAACGAGAUCUCCUACCCGCUCAAGCCGUUUAUGAUCGACUCGAACAAGGACGUUUUCUGGGAGACGUCGCUCCGGAUCAUCAACAGGCUAAGUGCCAAAAUGCUGCAGCUGAAUGCAGACCCGCAGUUUUUCACAGAGGUCUUCCAGGACCUCAAAAACCAACGAGACGCGUGCGAGGCAAACCUGGACCGCUGACAAGGAAAACACACUGGUGUUUUUUUUUAAAGAUGAUUGUUUUGCAAAACCACACAACGUUGGUUUUGAAUGUAAAGACCAACGUUGGGGCUGAAUAUCCCUCUAAUGAUGUUACAGCUUCGGUGUGUUUAGGAUACAGUGUAGGAGAUUUCAUAAAUGCAUGCCAAUGGUAAUAUUGUCUUAUUUUGUCUUGUCCCUUAGGUGACGCAGGGAUUGACUUCGUAGUACAAAUUGACACCCAAAAUCCCCGUUUCAUUCAUGAUUAGUCUACUUUCUGAGUAUAAAGUAAUUGGAUGUCGCAGUGAGGUGCAGGUUCGAGGCGGGAUCAGAACAGAUCUGUGUGCUUGUGAGAAGUCGAGAGGCGGAGCUGUCCGAGGUGCUGACCUGUGCAGCCAUUUCUCCUCCGCUAUUUGAGUCACAUCGUCAAAACAGAGCCGAGCUGGCUUAAGAGGGCCAGAGUCAGACCAAUACACGUUCGGCACAUUAAGCCUAAGCCUUGUAAGUGCAUAUUGCUUUUUUAGAUUCUCAAUCACCUGAUAGGUAAGCUGUUCAACAUGCAGCAGAUAUCAGAAGUAUGUUCCUUUAAGGGGACAAAACAUAUUAGGCCUACUUAUGUAGAUAUCCCUCUAUAAAAGAGGUAGAAAAGCAAGUCUCCAUCUUCUGCUGAAAAGCAUCAUGCUGUGUAUGGCUUCAUAACAUGUAUCUGUUUCCAGCUCCUGUUGUGUGAAAAACCACAUUUUUUUCUUCUUCAAAUAAACCACCUCACUUUGAAUUAAAAUAACUUUUUUUCGCCUACCAACCUGUAAGUGGGCCGUUGGUUCCAGUUGAAUAUGAGGAUAGGGGGCAGACAUUAUUGAAGGGAGUAUCUUCCACCUGGAAUGUGAUAAACUGCACUAAAUGUCCCCAUAGAUGGCCAUAUAGCAAUAGCAUUUGAUUAUUCAACCCAAGGCCCCUGUUGUGUAUUGUUUUCCAAUACAUUGCAGAGGUCAGCAUAACUAAAGACUGAAUGGAAUGUAGAGUUUUUCAAGAGAUUUUUUUUAAAUCUCAUAUGUGCCAACUACCAAAUACUCUUGGCCUGAAACUAUGUGGUUUACAUGUACAUAUCCCAUAUUUUAGAUUUGCUCUUUUUGUUUUUGAAGUUGGCUGUAUAUGCUGUAGUUCAAGCAUAACAAAAAACCAAUAGAGCGUAAAGGUCAAACAGUAUUUUUUGCCCUGCUCUGUAAAUGUGUUGUGAUCCUCAUUUUGCUGGGUUUAAUUUACUUUUUAGUGCAGUCGAUUCAGGAAGGAUGUUUCCUCAUAAUGUAAAUAUUGAAUGUGACGGUGUCAUUGUUCAGUCAUUUCCACACAUCAUUGCAGUUUGUAUAAGCUAAACGUGAUUUGACUGCAACUCUGAAACCAUGCUUAUAGGGCAACCUUGACAGUUAUUCAGUAUUAUGCUUCGAAGUAAUCAUUGUGAUGUUGUGUUGUGAAACCAUUGCUUGGAAUGUAGAAUAUAAUGCUGCUAUUUUGCACAGCUGUGAACAAACCUUGAUGUUUUGCACAGUGGUAUAACAUAAUGGUCGUGUACCAGUGUUUCCUACCACGGACUGGAGUGUUUGCCAUUACAUUUUGCAGUUAAUGUCACCAAGACUCACUCUACGGUUUUUCCUAUAUGUCAGCUAUGGAAAGUGAUGUUUAGAUGUGUGUGUUGUCUGUGGUUGCACCACAGUUGCAUUCACUCUCUAUACAUGUUAUUAAAAGGUCAGUACAGUAAUUGUUUAUGGUAAACAUCGUGAAAUAAAUCCAAACUUCUGUAGGA